GGGCUGAGCCUCACACACAUAAUCAGCGCAGCUUCUCAAUGGGGGGACGGAGCCAAGAGGAGACAGAACUGUCGUUCCGCUGGACCUGAUCUCAGUCCGUGUGUGAGAAGUGAGGAAGCAAAUUAACGUGCUGUCGUCACGAGAGGGAUUUUACAUUCACAGUACUGAUCUAAAGGUGAUAUGAGCAGCCUUCCAUCUUGUAAACACGGACUAGUUUGUAACAGCGUGUCAUUCCUGUGAGCUGAGGUGGUUUCUGGUGACCGCACUCCCAGGAUUUCCGACGGACAGAGAGAGUCGAGGGGGGCAAGCGGACGAGGCAGAAACAACAGAGCUUCUCCCCCUCUUAUCCUGCAGCGUUGUUCUUCUUUACACCUGGAACUUUGUUGGGAAUCCCUGGCCUCAGGCUAUGGAUGGAUUUAAGACAGCGUUGUGAGUCUGUUGAACAGACGGUGAUACUGACAACAGGGCACCCUUUCUGUUGACCAGACAGACCACUCAGCCACCCUCCCAGUCUGCCCUGCCAUGUCCUUGUUCCUGGGCCUGUGGAUUAGCCUGGGCUUCCUGCUGCUGUGCCAGGCCACGCUGUACGAGACCCUCCAGCAGCACCACGUGCCCCGGCCCGGACGCAACGCCAUCCAGAUCCUGGAAGGAGGGACGUGUGAGGUGAUCGCAGCCCACCGGUGCUGUAAUAAGAACCGUAUCGAGGAGCGCUCCCAGACCGUCAAGUGCUCCUGUCUACCGGGGAAAGUGGCCGGGACGACACGCAACAAACCCUCUUGUGUGGACGCGUCCAUUGUGAUUGGGAAGUGGUGGUGUGAGAUGGAGCCCUGUCUGGAGGGAGAGGAGUGUAAGACUCUGCCUGAUAACUCUGGAUGGAUGUGCUCCUCUGGGAACAAGAUCAAGACCACAAGGAACACUGCGCCAUACUCACCUUUUUAGCUCUGGAAGCAAAAUGCAGAGGAUGCUUCAACAGAAACUGAGCUGCAUUCUUGCUUCUGUAAAGAUUCAUCCUAGGACCUAACAAAGAGUUCCCUCGCAGGCUCCCAGCCAGGAUCCCCUCCCUCCAAAUGGACUAAAACCAUUACAUCAACGACGACUGACUGGAUUACCUGUGACCGCAAAAAGGAUAUCCUCUGAAAUAAAACAGCUUUGCUAGCGUGGUGCCAAGGGUUUUAGACCAGACUAAUCCCCUUUUUGAUCAAUGAGCCUCACGUCGGUGUUACUCUACGAGAACAACCAUGGCCAAUUUCCCAAAUACUCUUUUUUUCUCCCCUUCAAAACGAAAACAGCUUAGCCGGGGUUAUUUAGAUGUUGUAAAAACGUUAUUUGAAAACACUAACGCCUCCCCAAAGGUAAACUGGAUGAUCCUCACUGAGACUCAGUGCUACUGAGCAGGGGAUCCUACAGGAUCAGUGGCACAUUGGAGGGACAUUAUGUGGGGAUUGCUUUUACCUAUUUCAUCAUCCUUGUCAACGGCAUCCAUCUUAGAAGCGACAUCUCAGCAUGCCAGCUUUCCUGUUACUGUGUGGAGCCUGGGCAGUGACCCUGACUGCUGUUCACUCUGCCUACGCAACACAAUGCCGCAGGAACAACAACGAGCGCUGAGUAAACAGACACUGAGAGGUCACAGGGGUCAACCCGGGGGCCCACAGUCACUGUCCAUGAUUGACAUGUCAGUCAGAAGUCUUCUUUGUUGGCAUGCUCUAUCUAAUUCAUUGGAGCUUUUUCUUUGUACGUAAGAUGCUUUGUGUAUAUAUACAUAUAUAAAUACCGUACAUAUAAAAAGACUAUGUGGGCUCCCUCAUACAGUGAAACAAAAUAUUCUGCACGGAGAUCCUUUUGUUGGAUUCUUCAUUUCUGUCCCUGAUUAUGAAGUACAGUGAAUUCCUAGUCAAAGGUAGUGGUUGAAUCUCCUCUCUGUGUAUAGGACUGUUUACAGUGUUUGCUUGUAUUGAGAAUCUCUGGAAUAGCCUUACCGGAUCAUCACGAGAAAGUAUUGGUCUUAUUCACCAUUCAGUGAUGUACUUGGAAGAUAGGAAUCUCUUUAGCUUCUGUAAAGAUGAUAAAAACACUGUACAGAACUGUCUAACAAAACAAACUAUAAUCAACAGCGACCCACGUCCUCUUUUCUGUGCUAAAUUAGAGAUAACAGUGCAACUGGGCCCAGUAUCUGAGAGUUAACGCCUGUUCUUAUUUCAUUCCUGUGUCUGCUAUGGAGAAUGAGUGUGGACAUGGCUGUCAAUCAAUCAAAUGUAUUUAUGAAGCCCUUUUUACAUCAGCCAAUGUCACAAGUUCUAUACAGAAACCCAGCCUAAAACCCCAAACAGCAAGCAAUGCAGAUGUAUAAGG